GGGAGGGAACAGAUCAUCGGUCUCAGACAGGCACUGGGGCUCGGGGUAUUAACCAAGGCUGCUAAGAGCAUCAUCUGCCCCCCUAGCAUCAGCAUCUCACUGAAGGCACCAUGAGCUGCUCAGAUGAUAGUACCAAGGAGAAGCUUCUAUGGAACGUCAAGAAGGAGGUGAAGCAGAUUAUGGAAGAAGCUGUUACAAGGAAGUUUGUACAUGAAGAUAGCAGCCACAUAAUUGCUCUGUGUGGAGUGGUGGAGGCAUGUCUGUUGCAUCUCUUGAAGCGGAGGGCGGCCGGCUUCCUGCGUAGUGAUAAAGUUGCUGCAUUGUUCAUGAAGGUCGCCAAGACUUGCACAACGGCUGCAGAUAUAUGCAAGAAAGUUCAGGACCUGCAGCAGCAGGGGGACGGGAGGAAGAACCCCUCUGGUGGUCAAGAGUCCUUAAAAAGACAGGGCUCAACGACAGGAAGGACUGUCGCACUUACCCCACAAGCCCUUAAACAUAUUUGGGUGCGUACCGCCCUGAUAGAAAAGGUACUGGAUAAAAUUGUGCAAUACAUCGUGGAUAACUGCAGCAAAUAUUAUGAGAAGGAAUCAUUGAUGUCGGAUGCAGUUUGUGGUCCUAUUCUGGCUUCUCUUCUGGUAGGGCCAUGUGCUUUGGAAUACACAAAGCUAAAAACAGCUGAUCACUACUGGACUGAUCCCUCUGCGGAUGAACUGGUUCAGAGGCACAGAAUCCAUGGGACUCAUAGCCGGCAAGACUCCCCAUGCAAGCGUCCAGCACUAGGUAUCAAAAAGCGUCAUUCCAGUGGCAGCAUGUCUGAGGAUAAAUUUGCAGCAUCAGCUAGAGAAUACGUGGAGUCGCUUCAUCAAAACUCCAGAGUGCAUCUUCUGUAUGGGAAAAACAAUGUUCUGGUGCAGCCAAAAGAAGAUAUGGAAGCAAUCCCUGGGUAUCUCUCCUUGCACCAGAGUGGUGAGAACCUGACAUUAAAGUGGACACCAAAUCAGUUGUUAAAUGGAACGCUAGGAGACAAUGAGUUGGAGAAGAGUGUGUUCUGGGAUUACGCAUUGAUCGUACCCAUAAGUCAGAUCGUCUGCAUCCAUUGCCAUCAGCAGCAAAGUAAAGGAGUCCUUGUCUUGGUGAGUCAGGAUGGCAUUCAGAGACCUCCGCUCCACUUCCCCCCAGGAGGUCAUCUUCUUGCCUUUCUAUCUUGUCUGGAAAAUGGACUUUUACCAAGAGGACAGUUAGAGCCUCCGUUGUGGUCCCAACGUGGAAAGGGGAAAGUAUUCCCAAAACUGAGAAAAAGACACAGUUCUAACAAAUCGGUUGAUAUGGAUGAGAACAUUGUGGAAGAGAUAUACACAGACUAUGUCUUCAGGAUCAUCUAUGCAGGACACAGGCAUGAUAACAUCACAAUUAACUACCACCACUUAGCUGCCAGUCGUUCCGUCUCUGUUGAUGAUGAUGAGGAAGAAGAAGAUAGGCUUCACGCCAUGUUAUCCAUGAUCUCUUCUCGGAACCUCACAGCUCCUAAUACAAUGAAAGACUCCAACGAUGUGAUAGAGAUGCAAGGUUUCGGUGCUAAUCUUUUACCCUGGCAGCUCAACGAGUUCUGCAGUCAGGGCUCUUCCUGUGUCUCCUGCUCAACCGGCAGUUCUCCGUAUGAUAUUUCCACCUGCUGCAGUUGUGUCCAUGACAGGACACCACUGAAACUGCUGUGUGAAAACAUGAAAAGACAGAUUGUCUCCAGAGCCUUCUAUGGAUGGCUUGCCUAUUGCCGUCACUUGUCCACUGUCCGGACACAUCUCUCUGCCCUUGUUCAUCAUUCAAUUAUUCCCCCGGAUAAACCAGCAGAUGCAUCUGGAGGCUUAACCAAAGAAGUGUGGAGCAAAUAUCAAAAAGAUAUGAAGAAUUACAAGGAGCUUGAGUUGUUGAGGUUGGUAUAUUACGGAGGGGUGGAACAUGAAAUCCGAAAAGAAGUUUGGCCAUUCCUUCUUGGCCAUUACAAAUUUGGGAUGAGUAAAAAAGAAAUGGAUCGGGUUGAUGAAGCAAUUGCUUCCAAGUACCAGAAAGUCAUGGCAGAAUGGAAAGCCUGUGAGAUCAUAGUGAAACAGAGAGAGAAGGAGUCUCACUCUGCCAUAUAUGCCACUCUCUCCUCCGGGAGCAGCAUUGACAGCCACGUGCAGCGUUUGAUACAUAGGGACUCUACAAUUAGCAAUGAUGUUUUCAUGUCAACAGAAGAAUUAGAUAUAUCAGAUUUGAAAGGACGGAACGAUAAAUCAUCCAAUCCGGCUAAUGCUGGUCAAGGUAAUACCGUGGUCAUAGCAGCAGCAGAACCUCAGCAGUCGGUGGAAUUUGACUCUCCAGAUUCUGGUCUUCCCUCUUCUCGAAAUUACUCAGUGACCUCCGGCAUUCUUUCCAGCAUUGAUGACGGACAGAGCAUAUGCUUUGAAGAGGAAGAGUCAAGUACAGAGUCUGAUAGGACAGAAAUGAGUGUGCCUCAUGCACGAAAAACCAAGGGAAUCCUCAAAAUGCAGGACUCUAUAUGUGAAGAGCAGCUCUGUUCUCAGCUAGAAUAUUUAAGGACUUCAGAAGAUAUCUCUUCCUUGUGCCCCACGUCUUAUACGAUAGAAUUACUGGAUACAGUUGCCUUAAAUUUGCAUCGGAUUGAUAAAGAUGUACAGCGGUGUGAUCGUAAUUACUGGUAUUUCACAGCUGACAAUUUAGAAAAGCUGCGGAACAUCAUGUGCAGCUAUGUGUGGGAGCAUCUGGAUGUUGGAUAUGUCCAGGGAAUGUGUGACCUCUUGGCUCCAUUGAUGGUCGUGUUGGAUAAUGAUUUGAUGGCAUACAGCUGCUUCACUCAGCUCAUGAGAAGAAUGAGUCAGAAUUUUCCAAAUGGAGGAGCAAUGGACACGCAUUUCGCAAACAUGCGAUCUUUGAUCCAGAUAUUGGAUUCUGAACUAUUUGAACUCAUGCACCAGAAUGGAGACUACACCCAUUUUUACUUCUGUUACCGCUGGUUCCUGCUGGAUUUUAAAAGAGAGUUGCUGUAUGAAGAUGUAUUUGCUGUAUGGGAGGUUAUCUGGGCAGCUAAACACAUAUCCUCGGAGCAUUUUGUGCUUUUUAUCGCCCUUGCUCUGGUAGAGGUUUAUCGGGAGAUUGUACGAGACAAUAACAUGGAUUUCACCGAUAUCAUCAAGUUUUUUAAUGAAAUGGCUGAACACCAUGACGCACAAUUAAUUCUGAGGAUAGCACGGGAGCUGGUGCACAAGGUCCAAACUCUUAUAGAAAAUAAAUGAAGAUCCCCGUGGCUCAAGUUGAAAGCUGGAUCAUCAUACAGAGGUGCUGAAAAGGCCUUCAACUGUGUCUAGCAGCAUCUUAACUUGCACUGUAAAUCUAUAAAGGACAUGAUCAGGAUAUUUUUCACUUGAUGUGCUGAAUCUUUUACAUUUGUAACAUAAAAAGAAUUCCUCAAGGCUGCAAAA